AUGCGGGCGAAAGAAUUGUCGAAGACCCCAUUGAAAUCAAGGAAGCGGCUGUGGAGCAUUUCAUUUGAUGAAAGGGAGAUUGUGGUAGCGUUGAAGGAAUGCAGCAAUCUUAAGGCACCGGGUCCGGAUGGUUUCAAUUUUUCCUUCGUUAAAAAGGGCUGGGAUUUCAUGAAAAGCACGAUCCUUUAUUUUUUCAGAGAAUUUCAUGCCAAUGGAAAGCUUACUAAAGCUUUGGCGAAUAAGAUCAAAAUCCACUUACCUUCAAUUAUUGGUGAGUCUCAAGCGGCCUUUAUUGGAGGUAAACAAAUACUGGAUAGGGUUUUAAUAGCCAAUGAGGUCAUUCAUUGUUGGAAAAGUAGUAAUCAAAGAGGUUUAGUUCUUAAAAUUGACUUUGAAAGAGCUUAUGAUUAUGUUAAUUGGGGUUUCUUGCUGGAUCUACUUGCCAAAAUGGGAUUUGGGGACAAAUGGUGUAGAUGGGUUAAGGAGUGUUGUUCCACUGUUGUUGUUCCACUGUUGCUUCGUUCAAUCCGAUAUAAGGAAUAA